AUGACGGCAAAAACACCUUUUCAUGAGGCCUUUAAGCAAGAUAUUACAUUGUCGAAGCAGCAUUACACCAAAGAGGAAUUUAAAAUGAUAACAGGUCCACACUGUCUAAGCAGAUUUUCAAACUGUGAAAACAUUAAUGAUUUAAUAUCUAACUGGCUAAUUAUAAGGACAACUAUGGUGGACUUUCUUUCUAUGAAAAGCGCUAGUAUUUUAUAUAAGAGGGUAUAUAAAUUUCAAUUAAAAAACCUACGCGCCCCAACAGAAAAUGAAAUUUACAAUAUCAUUCGCAAUGAUGAAAAAAUUAAAAAAUUUACAAAGGACAUUAGAAGCGAAUGGAAUGAGAUGAAUUUAGCUCCAGAAGCCAGUUUCAUCGAUAGAUGCGAAUAUGAACAAAUUUUUCAUCAAUUAAAUCAGAUUGCUGAAAAUGCGACGUAUAUUACUCCCAAUGUUAUCGAAGAGUAA